AAGGUCAGCCUUCUGAUCACCUGUUCGUGUUUAUGGAUGUAGUCCGUCCUAGUCCACACAGAAUCACAAGAAAAAGUUUACUUCAAGUGGCUGAAUUAGUAAUAAAGUCGCAAAUCGAGUCUUCCGUCCAUCGAAUACCAGAUGAAAGUUUCCCGGAUGUUCAGAAUUUUCUUGCAGUUUUAGAAAAUUUAUUCUACCAUGGUUUAAAAUGUAGGUUUUUGGAUUUCGUAAUGCUCAGCUUACAAUUUUCUGGCUGGGAAGAAAGUCUCAAAGCACCCUUGGUGUCUCAUACUUCAAUUAUCUAAUUUACCCAGUUUUUCACAUACGUCUUCAGUGAAACUUCUUGAUCAUCUCAAGAGUGAUUUUUCAAAGGUAUCAGCUUCUUUAAUCUUGCAACGUUCCAGCUUCGAGCUUGGAUCAAACUGUCUAUUGUUAGGUGUUGUCUGCACUCUGCAAUGCUAGAUUUAGUUCAACUGAAGCCCAAUUUGACGAAAUAUUAUUCCCGGGAUGCUAUCUUCCGUUCGGAAGAAAUAUUUAAUUUAAUUGCUUCUCUCGUAGGAUUGGAAAAUGUACAGUUUAAUUUGGACUUUAAAACUGAACUCGUGGAAUAUUCCUAUUGUGUUUCUCCAAUUGAUUUCUCGCCUUUUCUUUUGUUCAAGCAGAGGUAUGUUUUAAAUUUAGAUGACUUAAAUAUAAUCCAAAGUUACUCUACGAUUAAGAAUUUAUUCAUUACUUUUUUCAGUUUAGAAACAAAACUUAGUGCAAUUUGUGAGUGUCGAAACGAGAAUACUGAGGAUAGAAAAUCGAGAUGUAUGUGGCGCUAUGGAUUUGAGAAAUUAAAACAAAAUCAGGUUUAUUCCUUAGAACAACUGCAUUAUCAUGAAGAAUUGAUUCAAAAACAGUUUACCCAGUUAAAUAAAUAUAAAGAACAAUUAAACUGUUAUAAAGAGACGACUGCGAGUCUGGAAAGUUACAUUUUGGAAUUACAAGUUAAGUUGACACUUAUUCAUGAACAAUAUGACCAAGAGUUAAAACGUUUAGGUGUUAAUCAGUCAAGAUUAACGGCUCCAACAUUUCGUAAUAUUCCAAAUCGAUUUCAACAAAUACAUGAUAUCAAUGAAAAACCUUCAAAAAUCUCAUCAUUUAUAAAUUCGUCAAUAAAGCUCAUUCAUAAUGAAACUUGCGCUAGUGCUAGUACCAGCUAUCAAAUGCCAUCAAUCUUAUCAGUAGAUCAAGGUAUUGAUGCAUUAAGCUUGGAAGAUUCUUCAAAUCCUGAAAUAGAUAGCAAUAAUAAUCACUCAACAUCAUCAAUUGUCGAACAUAUUCCCAGUGAAUCGAAAAGAUAUCGUUCAGUUAAAUUUACCGAAUCUAAUUCACAUAUGAAAAAAAUCGAUCAAGAUUCAUGUGUUUUGCCUAUGGAUGUAUCAAAUAGAAAGUCGAAUUCGAAACGUCUUCCUUUACCCAUAAGAGCACGUUCUAAUUCUCCAACUAAUACUACUACUAAUAGUAGUAGUUAUCCUAGUUCAAUAAGUGAAUCAUCUCAACAAAAAUAUAAUAAAUCAAAGAGUCCAUUAAAAUCAAAAAAUUCUGGUCAAACUUUUCAUCGAAAAUCAAAAAUGCUUGUUAGUGUUCAAGAAAUACCAUCUGAACGUUUCAUCCUGCCGGAUAAUUCAUAUUCUACUGUAUCUUUUCCUAAUAAUAGUUCACCAAAAACUCUCGAGAGUAUGACAGUUGUUGUAAAACCAAGAAGUCAUAGCUUAUUCUCUUGUUAUGUCCCGAAGAUAUCUACGAGUGAGGUGGAAGGCAUUAUUCGACAUGUCGAUAGCCUUAUGAAUCCACAAACAACCAUGAAAAAUGAUACAGUUAAUACAAUCACAACAACACCAACAACGGAUACAACGAUAAAAUCAUUGACCACUGUUGAUAGUAAAGAUGAUAUUGUUAUUGAUGAUCAUCUACUUGGGUGUAAAAAUCAAUGUUCAAAUCUUGUUCUAUUUGAGGCAGGCCUGAUUGAUUCAAUAACUAGUAGUGAAAUUAUGGAAACUUCAUCUGAAUAUAAUCCAAGCGAUCGAUUACAUUCUUCAUCCACACGAGAAUAUUAUCAUUUAACAUCAGAAGAAGAUUUAGGAAAUAGUGAUGAGGAAGAUGUGGAUAAUGAUGACGAGAAAAAUAAUGAUAGUGACAAUAAAACAUCUGGACUACGACAACAAAAACAACAAGAACAUGAAACAACCAUUUGAACAAAAUAGUGUCAGUCCACCAUGAGUAGAGACAAUAUACAAGCCUAUUACUACUAAUCUAACCGCUAUUAAUAGUAGUAGGAACAGUAGUAGUUGUUGUUCUGUGACUGAUACAAAAGAAGAAAUUAAUAAUAAUAUUUCACUUUUAUUUUUAUACUCAACUUUCUCUAUAUCCUGGUGAUAAACAAUACAACAACAAGUACUAUUGAGCUCUGGUUUUAUUCUUCCUACACUCAUCCUAAUUCAAAUGAUUCAUUCUGUUUAAUCUUUAUAUUUGAAUUUAUAAAUUGUGUCUACAAUUUGUCUUCUGUGUACAUAAUUUUAAUUUAUGUGAAAAUUCUGAUAAUUUGUUUUAUUGAAACGUUUCAGAUUCUCUUUAUUUCUUUCAUAGAAUCCUCCAUUUUUUAAAAUGUUUAGUGAUUUAUUUAUUUAUUUAUUUAUUUAUCCAUGAGAAAAACAGUACAGAUUUUAUGUUUGUUCUUUUUUUUAUCAACUAAACCAAAAACAAAACUGGUUUUAAUAUUCGUUACCUUUCAAGAUGUUAUAGGUUGUUUGUUUUUACAAGAAAGAAAAAAAAGAAGCAAAUUCAAAUCGUUCAAUGUCAUUCUAUUGAUAAUUAUCAUUAGUACUGCUUAUCUUUAUCUUAUUGAGUUGUUCUAUUCAAUACUAAAUUGUUUGAAUACAGUAGGGAAAUUUUCUGUACAAAUUUUAAAGUAUCAGAAUGUGUUUCUGCGCUACACUUUAAAUGGUAAACUAUCUCGAUAACAAAGUUGUAUUCAAAGAAUGUUUUCAAUACAGUAGGAACUAACAACUGUU